AUGCUGUCUCGUACUAUCAUUCUAGCCCAGGUCUUGCUCGCGCUCUUGAGUGCAGUAGUCAGUCUAACUGUAACAGAAGCCUCUAGUUACCUAGAGGUAGCACAAAGCUCACUUGCGGAUAACCGGCUCAGCGUAGUGACGAACUCUGUAAGCGGACGGGGAAAUUUUGACACCUUCGGAUCUUACACAAAUGGCCCUUUUGGAAUCGGUCCCGGCGCUAUGCAUGCCACUGGAUUGGUGAGAGAUGCUGUCGCUGGGCAAACCCCAAAUACACAAUACUCGGAACUCAACGAACCUCAGACACGAUGCGGGGUGCAGAACGAGGCCUGGGAAAUAGCGCUUUUGACUUUCACCAUCAAUACGCCUCCUGAGGUUACAGAUCUCCAAGUCAAUUUUGUAUUUGCCUUGCAGGAACCUGCCAACCGAAAUCCUGAUAGCAUGCAAAUCAUUUUCAACACAAACGAUGUGCAACUCUUUGACAAUAUACAAUGGUUGUCAUCCAGUUCCCCCCUCAUUACUACAACGCCUGCCGGCACCGGCAUAUCACACGCAAGGUCCACAGGCUUACGGUCAAUUACCUACACUGUAAAAAGCCAGCAAACAACAUUUCAAAUGUUUAUCUGUGAGGCCAUUAGUGGCGUCGAUGAUGUAGCAGUGUUUUACAACAUCGUCGGCCUAACCUUACCACAAACCACUACUAUAACUACAUCAUCAACAACAUCUAGCUCCAGCUCCACAACUACUACUACAACUACAACUACUGAAGCCACUUCUACAACAACAUCUUCAUCCAGCUCUACUACUACAACUGCAACUACUGAAUCCACUUCUACAACAACAUCUUCAUCCAGCUCUACUGCUACUACUACUACAACUACUACAGCCACUUCCUCAACAUCUUCAUCCAGCUCUACCACCACUACUGCAGAUACUUCCUCGACAUCUUCAUCCAGCUCUACUGCCACUACUACUACAACUACUACAGCCACUUCCUCAACAUCUUCAUCCAGCUCUACCACCACUACUGCAGAUACUUCCUCAACAUCUUCAUCCAGCUCUACCACCACUACUGCAGCCACUUCCUUAACAGCAUCCUCAUCUACUUCAGACUCAAGUCCGGGCUCUACCCUUAUGGCUACCUCCUCGCUAUUAUCUUCAGAAUCUACAACAUUACUAUCUCCAUCAUUUUCACCAAACACUAGCAGUUCAUUCGAAAUGACAAUAACUUCUAGCUUGUCCGUUCUGCCUUCGUCUGGCUUGUCAACUAGCACAUCUCUUGAAACACUUACUACGUCAACAUCGCAAUUUUCAACUAGUUUCAGCCAGUCUCUUAGUACUACCUCGAGCAUACAAACUCCAAGCAUUACUGCAACAUUAUCCUCGUCUAGUCGCCUCUCUCUAACAUCAAGUAAUUCUAUUACUGGCUCCGUAGUUGCUACCAACCUCCCAAAUGUCGACAAUUACGCAUUCAUUGGAUGCUUGGGGUCACCUUCAGGAUUUGGAUCUUUUGUUCAGGUCGGGCAGGAUCCAAAUAUGACGCAAGAGAGAUGUGUCAACCUGUCCCAGGGACGACAGUACGGGGGCGUUUUCAAUGACACAUGUUUUGUGUCAGACUUGCUCCAAGGGACCGCUCUUUUUCCUGCUGCUAGCUGCAACCUACCUUGCCCCGGCAAUGCUGGUCAGAUAUGCGGUGGACUAACGAACGCUACCACGUUGGGCCGACGUAGCUAUUACGGUCCACAGGUGUCCCGACGCGCUGCUUCACCAAACAUCCUUCUAACUUUGUUUGGGCGCGUUGAGACCGUUGGUUCUACAACAAUUCCGAGCAAUGCUGGUCCCUCUGGCUCAACUAUCGGCCCGCCCCUGUCAAGCGUUUCGCCGGUUCCACUGUCCGGCAGCUCGAGCUUGAAUUCGCCCACGUUACCAAAUCCGUCAAGUCUGGUCACUCUAGAGAAUUUGCCUCCAGGUUUCUCAUCGGUCUCUUUAACUUUGGGUGGGGUUGAACCCAUUGUCACUAGUGGGACAACCACCCGAAUCAGAAGUAACACUCAGCAUAUAACUUCUAUAGUAACCACCAUCUUUUACACUACGGUUGACCCAGUAAAUCCUACCGCUGUGGUUGAAACUGAGUUGCACACCACGAUAUACUUUGAGGAUUGCGGAUGUCCUACCCAAUCGACUCCAUCGAUAUGCAUGGUCACAACUGUGGCUCAAUGCCACAGGUGUGGCCUCAGAGGAGAGGACAAAGUAACCCUAGUGGUUCCGUCGCUUUCUGAUAGUCUCCCACAAAAUCAGGUUUCUUUGACAAGAGACAAAUCACCUUCUUCUUUAAGGUUGGUUGAAUUUUCACAUGAGACACAGUCUUCCUCGGCGGCUACCUUAGCGGUUUCAAGUUCCAACCAUCUAGUGACUUUGAGUCCUACCGUUAUUCACGGUCAAAGUCCAAUUCAUACAGUGGCUUCAAGUUCUAACCAUCUAGUGACUUUGAAUCCUGCCGUUUCGCAGGGUCGAAGUCCAACUCAUAUACUGGCUUCAAGCAAGGAAAUGCCGGUGGUCCCGAAUCAAAAUAUGGCAGCACCUCAAAGCUCAAACGUUUCAACUGUAGAGACUGUUGUUACUGCAAUAGCGCCGUCCGGGCGGCAGGACUUGUAUAGAACGGAAGUCUUUAGGAUUGUUGUUUGCGUGUUAGCAUAUACGUUCUUUCUGUCGUAA